CCUAAACCCCCAACACCUCCUCCUAUAUAAACCACAGCUAAAAUCCUUCUCCUCCAUCUCUUCACCAGGCCCCUGCAACUCCAAUCUCACGUGUCAAGGGUUUGAAUUGUGCGAUUGAAGAUGGCGAAUCCGAAGGUUUUCUUUGACAUUCUAAUUGGCAAGAUGAAAGCAGGUAGGAUUGUGAUGGAACUAUUUGCUGAUGCUACUCCGAAAACUGCUGAAAAUUUCCGUGCUCUAUGCACCGGGGAGAAAGGGAUUGGAAAUGCUGGGAAACCAUUACACUAUAAGGGUUCGACUUUCCAUCGCAUAAUCCCAAACUUCAUGUGUCAAGGUGGGGAUUUUACUAAGGGUAAUGGAACUGGAGGAGAAUCAAUCUAUGGCGCAAAGUUUGCAGAUGAGAACUUUAAGCUGAAGCAUACAGGUCCUGGUGUUUUAUCAAUGGCAAAUUCUGGACCGAACAGUAAUGGUUCCCAAUUCUUCAUUUGCACUGAGAAGACCUCAUGGCUUGAUGGGAAACAUGUUGUUUUUGGGAAAGUUGUAGAUGGCUAUGGCGUUGUUCAGGAAAUGGAGAAGGUAGGGUCCAAUAGUGGGACGACAAAGGAAACUGUUAUUGUUGAAGAUUGUGGUCAAAUAAUAGAGAACUGAAGUGCAUGAUCAAGAUAAUGUCUUAGAUGUAUUUCACGUAAUUAAGUGUUGCAAGCUUUAUCUUUUGCAACCAUGUAGUUUUUCAUUUGAACUUGUAAAGCAAUGCUCAUCUUGUCAUUUGCAACCUUAA